AUGAAACCUGAAGAUGCAUGUAAGAAGACCCACUGGAACGAUUUCCUCGUGGACAACGACAAUAUCUGGAAGGCUGCGAAGUAUCUGAAGUCUGGCGAUGAAGCAGCAUUCGGCAAGAUACCGCAGCUAGCGAGGGUGGACGGUACCCACACUAUCAACGCCAACGAGCAAGCAGAAGAAUUACUCACCACCUUCUUCCCUUCCCUACCAGACUACAUCGAAGAGGAAGGGGAGAAACCCCAGCGUGACUCGGCCGUCACUAUGCCGGAGGUCACAAUGGAGGAAGUCGAGCGCCAGAUUUUCGCGACGAAAUCGUGGAAGGCACCUGGUGAAGAUGGACUACCGGCUAUGGCCUGGAAGCAGCCUACUGCCUGUAAACUACUUCGGAGCCCUAAAGCAGAGGUUAGCUAG